AUGGUCAGUCGUCUCUUUCCUGAGCUCUGCGCCUUGUCCAGCAUCAAUGUUACCUUGGAAGCCAACCCCGCGGCUGAGGGGUUGUUGAUCGCUGACUCCCUUACCGAAGAGCAAGUCUCCGAGUUCAAGGAGGCCUUCUCCCUCUUCGACAAGGAUGGCGAUGGUCAAAUCACGACCAAGGAGCUGGGCACCGUCAUGCGCUCCCUGGGCCAGAACCCCUCCGAAUCGGAGCUCCAGGACAUGAUCAACGAAGUUGACGCUGACAACAACGGAACCAUCGACUUCCCUGAGUUCCUUACCAUGAUGGCCCGCAAGAUGAAGGAUACCGACUCCGAGGAGGAGAUUCGUGAGGCUUUCAAGGUCUUUGAUCGCGACAACAACGGCUUCAUCUCCGCAGCCGAGCUCCGCCACGUCAUGACCUCCAUCGGAGAGAAGCUUACCGACGACGAGGUUGACGAGAUGAUUCGUGAAGCCGACCAAGACGGGGAUGGGCGUAUUGACUACAACGAGUUCGUUCAGCUCAUGAUGCAGAAAGCCGCCAAGACCAUUGCCGACGAGCGAGCCGUGAUCCAAAAGGAGAGCGCCUCCAUUCGAGCGAGCUUCAGAGAGGAGAGCGGCGACCACAGCGUGAGACGGAACAAUGUCGCCAAGCUUCUCUACCUCUUCACCCUCGGCGAGCGAACCCAUUUCGGUCAGAUCGAAUGCUUGAAGCUGUUGGCUUCGCCGCGAUUCGCAGACAAGCGACUAGGCCACCUGGCCACCAGUCUACUGCUUGACGAGAACCAGGAAGUUUUGACGCUGGUGACAAACUCGUUGAAGAACGAUCUUUCCCACUCGAAUCAAUAUGUGGUCGGUCUGGCUCUCUGCACCUUGGGCAACAUUGCCUCAAUCGAAAUGUCCCGAGAUCUCUUUGCCGAAGUUGAGGCUUGCGUUAACACAUCGAACCCCUACAUUCGGAGGAAAGCAGCUCUCUGUGCCAUGCGCAUAUGUCGCAAGGUUCCUGACCUGCAGGAGCACUUUGUCGACAAGGCCCACCAGCUUCUGGCCGACCGAAACCACGGCGUGUUGCUUUGCGGUCUGACACUGGUCACUAGCUUGUGCGAAGCCGACGAAGAAGAGGGUGGGGAGGAAGGCAUUAUUGAGAAGUUCAAGACUUUUGUGCCAGGUCUUGUCAGGACCUUGAAGGGUCUCGCGACAUCAGGAUAUGCUCCCGAGCACGAUGUUACGGGCAUCACUGAUCCAUUCGUUCAAGUCAAGAUCCUGCGUCUCCUUAGGGUACUGGCUUUGGGAGACCCGCAGGUUACUGAGCAAAUCAACGAUAUUCUGGCCCAGGUCGCGACAAACACGGACUCAUCAAAGAACGUCGGAAACUCGAUUCUAUACGAAGCCGUCCUCACGAUCCUCGACAUCGAAGCUGAUUCCGGUCUGCGCGUACUCGGAGUCAAUAUUCUCGGAAAGUUCUUGUCCAACAGGGACAACAACAUCCGCUAUGUCGCUCUCAAUACUUUGAUUAAGGUGGUGGCCAUCGAGCCUAACGCCGUGCAGAGGCAUCGUAACACGAUUCUGGAGUGCUUGAGAGAUCCUGAUAUCAGCAUCAGAAGACGAGCAUUAGAACUCAGCUUUACCCUCAUCAACGAGAGCAAUGUCCGGGUACUCAUUCGGGAAUUGCUCGCCUUCUUGGAGGUUGCCGAUAACGAGUUCAAGCCGACGAUGACCAGUCAAAUAGGUAUCGCUGCCGACAAGUUUGCGCCCAACAAACGCUGGCACGUUGACACCAUGCUUCGUGUGCUGACCCUGGCCGGAAACUACGUCAAGGAGCCCAUCAUGUCAUCCUUUAUUCGCCUCGUAGCGACCACACCCGAGCUGCAAACAUACGCUGUGCAAAAGCUUUACACCAAUCUGAAGAAGGACAUCACACAAGAGAGUUUGACGCAGGCCGGAGCAUGGUGUAUCGGCGAGUAUGGUGACGCCCUCCUCAGGGGAGGCCAAUACGAGGAGGAAGAGCUUGUGCAGGAAGUCAAGGACCACGAGAUCAUCGAUCUGUUCACAACCAUCCUGAACAGCAACUACGCCACCCAAGUAUCAACGGAGUACAUCGUGACGGCCCUCGUCAAAUUAACCACCAGGCUGUCUGAUUCUACGCAAGUCGCCAGAAUCCACCAGCUUCUCGAAAAUCACCAGACAAGCCUUGACGUUGAGGUGCAGCAGAGAGCUGUUGAGUACAGUAACCUAUUCUCCUAUGAGCAGAUCCGCAACGGUGUCUUGGAAAAGAUGCCACCCCCUCAGAUCAAGGAAGAGUCCCGUGUUCUGGGCCCGGCGACGACCAAGAAGGCCGCCAAGGCUGCAAACAGGAGAUCCCGCGUCGUCAAGCCCACUGAGCAAGACCUGUUGUUCGACCUCAUGGACACCCCUCCUUCCACUACACCUGCCCCUGGCGGUGCCUCCAACACCGACCUUCUCGCUGAUAUCCUGGGCGGCACUUCAUCGCCCCCUACAUCCGCCUCUCCUCAGCCGCAACAAUCUAACGUUGCUUCGAUAAUGGAUCUCUUCUCUGCGGGCCCCGCCCAGCCCGCUGCCUCUCCUGCGCCCGCAGUAGGCGGUGGUUCAAACAUGGACUUGAUGUCACAAAUGUCCGCCGCAACCCCUCCGCCUCAGCCUCAGGCAGCUCCACAGGCUCCGGCAGGUCUGCCAGUAUACGACAACAACGGGCUUAACGUCAGCUUCCAGAUCCAGCGUAACGCCGAAGGCAUGGUGCAGGCCAUUGCGCGGUUCCGAAACAGUGGUUCUGGUCCUUUGUCGAAUGUGGGACUGCAGGCAGCUGUUCCCAAGACGCAGAAGUUGCAGCUCAUGAGCAUCUCCAGUACAGAUGUUGGACCCGGUGCGGAGGCGACCCAGAGAAUGAUGGUUUCUGGAGCCAAGGGACAAAUACAUACCGUCAGCCUGAAGCGCAUCGAUCAAGUGAACGACAAUGUUCGACUGUUUCGCUUGGGCAUCCCAGACGGUUCGAGCAUAAAGUUUCUCCCGGGUCAAUGGCUCGAUACAUUCGUCCCCGGGAUUGUCAAGCCAGGCGGCUUCACCAUCACCAGCCCACCGUCCAGAGCUCGUCUGCCCACCUCACCGUACCUCGAACUUGCGGUGCAAAGGUCGACGAACCCACCCGCAGCUUGGCUGUGGGAGAAAUCGUCGAUCGGUUCUCAGCUAAGGGUACGGGUUGGCGGUGCUUUCGUCUGGCCGCCACAGGGCGUUGACCUCGCAUCCCUCCGCCGCGUCGUCUUUGUGGCGGGUGGCCUGGGUGUGAACCCAUUCGCCAGCAUUCUCAGCCACCUGGCUGAGACGGAGUGCCCAUACGACGUCCAAUUCAUGUAUUCUGUCAAGGUACCCGAGGAUUUUGAUUCGCAGAAGAUUCUGUUCAUGGAGCGUCUGGCUGCGAUAUACGGACGGGAGAAGGUGAGCGGAUGCCUUCAACUGUUUUUGACAGGUCGAGACCAAGCCGAAAACCCGAUAACCUCUGCCGAGACUGCGACCGAGGAAGAAAAGGCAGAGGAGCAGGAGGCAUCCGAAGCUGUCGCGGAACAGCCCACAGCAUCUGGUGGGUCUUCCCUGUCGUGUAAUGAGAUUGAAGUCCCUUUCAAAUCUCGCCGGAUGAAUUUGGACGAUGUUGUUGAAGCGUUGGGGCCCGCGGAAGAUCAUAAUUAUGCGGUGGUGUACGUCUGUGGAGUGCCAUCCAUGACAGAUGAGUUUGUAGAGAAGCUUGCUACUCCGGAAGGUUUCGGUCUGGAGCCUAGGCGUGUGCUUUAUGAGAAAUGGUGGUGA